AUGGCACUGCCUGCACAGUAUGGCAACGGUGUUCUGGGAGCCAUUCGCAUCAACGGCCCAGCAUCAAGCAAUUACGACGAUGAUCUUGGUCCGCUUGUGAUUAGUGACUGGUAUUACGGCUCGGCGUUUGCGCUGGCACACCGAGUCAACAGCCCUACGAAUCCAUAUAGCAUCCCCGGCUUCCCCGGAUCGCCACCUCCUAGUGACAACAUUCUGUUCAAUGGCCUGAACAGAAGAGCCAACGGUGCUUCGGGAAGCUAUCGCAGGUUCACCCUCACGGCCGGACGAAAGCACCUCCUCAGACUCAUUAACGGCUCAGUCCAAGCCAGUUUCACCGUGUCCUUGGUAGGACAUUCCUUCACCAUCGUCGCCACCGACAUGGUCCCUAUCACGCCCGUCACGGUAACAAGCCUCUACAUUGGUGUCGGCCAAAGAUACGACGUCAUCAUCAACGCCAACCAGCCCGUAGCCAACUACUGGUUCAACGCCACCUUCUCCUCGGCCCCCUGCGGCGGAGCGACCAACCGCCCAGCCAUGAUCUUUCAAUACUCGGGCGCACCCACCGCAAACCCUACCUCCGCGGGAACAGUCCCCCCCGACUCCCGCUGCGCCGAUUCUCUCAACUACACCCCCGUCGUCAGCAAGUCUGUCCCCUCAGCCUCCUUCACAACAGGCAACACCCUCAACACCCGCCUCCAAAUCUCCACCACCGGCGGCAUCUCCCGAGUCUACUGGCCAGUGAACAACACCCCCAUGAAAGUAAACUGGAACAACCCAACCCUCGAGUACGUCAAAAACUCCAACACAGGCACCAUGCCCGCAAACACAAACGUCAUCUCCGUCCCUACCGCAAAUCAAUGGACCUUUUGGCUUAUUGUAAACAACUCCUCCAUCCCUCACCCCGUCCACCUCCACGGACACGACAUCCUCAUCCUCGGCGCCAGCCCCGCCCUGGCCGCGCCGAUCAACCCGACUAAUCGGCUGAGGCCGUACAACCCCUCUGUUGAUGGCCCGGCCUUGAAAAUUGCGAACCCGACGAGAAGGGACACGACGAUGCUGCCGGCGUGGGGAUGGUUGGCGCUCGCGUACCGGACGAACAAUCCGGGGGCGUGGCUGAUGCAUUGCCAUAUUGCCUGGCAUGCUAGCCAGGGGUUUAGUGUGCAGUUUUUGGAGCAGCUGACGAGUAUACCGACGGUGAUGAAUCUGAAUGAGUUGACGGGGAAUUGCAAUAAUUGGGAUGCGUUUUACCCGAGUGGGGCGCCGUUUUUGCAGGAUGAUUCGGGGAUUUGAUCUCUUGGGUUUGGGGUUUUUUUUUUUGAUUGGGGGCAGAGGGGGGCUGUUUACUACUGGGACGUGUUUGUUGGUUUCUUGAGCACCUUGUUUUUCUUAGUUCGACCGUGUCUUUGUGCUCGAGAGUGAAUAAACGCUGUAUUAUUGCUCCUUAUCACAAACAUGGUAACGAAAGGGGCAUUGCAAUCUCCUGUCUCUCUAGGUCUCAUGUUUCUCUAUUACUUCUGCUCCUUCUUCCCAAGCCCAAACCAACCCACCGCCGCCUUCCCCCCAUUCACCACCCCGCUGCCCGCCGUCUUCCCUCCCUCAACAGCACCACCAACAAGGGUAUUCCCCGCCCCGCUGACGACAUUGCUGUUUCCCCCGGGGACAUACCCGCCCUGACCAUCCUUGCCCUUUCGCUCAAGCCUGUUGACUCCCUCCCUGGAGAGUAAAUCGCCGACUGGUCUGCCCAGGCCGUCCUGACCGAGCUGGGAGGAGGCAGUGGUGUGGAUGUUGUCUUGGAGGGUGUCGACUUGGGAGAUGCCGGUUACUUUUGUUUUGUCGAGGUUUUCUAGAGGGACGACUGGGUUAGUGGCUAUAGUGGCUAGGAAGGGAAAGGGAAAGGGAAAGGGAUAUACCUUUGGUGGUGUAGCUUGCUUUGUUGUCGCGGGUAAAGUAGCGGAGGUAGAGGUCUUCGAGGUAGGGAACCCAGGUUUCGUAGAGGGUGUUGUAUUGGGUUUUUGUCCACUCCAUUUUUUUGCUUGUUUUCGAUGUUCCGAUUUAGGGAAGAUAAGGUAGGUAGGUCAAGUGCGUGU